UGCGCUUUUUGUUUCCUUGUGUCUUUGCGGACCGGCUGUGCUGAAAUUUCCGCUACAGAAUUGCAAUAUCUAAUCCGCAAAGCGUUUGUUCGUUAAAACUGGUACACCGUCUCUUCACCGCUGUGGUAAGCCGCAACUCCACAACUGUACGAAACGAGCUAGCUGUCUGGUGAAGCCAUCGUUAAUCAGCGUACAGCGCAAGUAGGCUGGUGCGGUGUCUGGGCAAUGAAGAGGUGCGGUCGAUUCGCGUAGAACAAAACAUCCGGAAGUGCUACGAUACUGCUUGCCAGCAGUCAGCUCAAUCGACUGCUGUGCUUUUCACGCCUUCUCCCGGAUGUGCACUACCACAGAGGGCCAAGAUGGGCGCGUUGGAUACUGUGCACAAUCGUAGCGUUCAUGCUUUCAUCUGCGACCUAAGCUAGUUCACCUUUGCUCGGCUCCUGCUACCGCCUGAGUAUUCGAAAGGUGAACCGGGAUAGUCGAGUGAGUUAUAGUUGGUGCUUGCGACGCGUACAAGAAGACGAAGACGACGACGACGACGACUUUUGGGUACGCACGCGAAAAGAAUCUGCAACCCAAAAAACGAAGACGAAAACGUCAACGAGAAACACCGACAAAAUACCGGACAGGACGAAUCGAAGGCAAACAGUGCGAUCGGUGUACAUGUAUGUGCGGUCCGUAUGUGCGAAACAGUAAGUACGCGGGUGUGUACGUGUGUGUGUGUGUGUGUGCGUGUGAAGGUGAUGUAAAAAGCUGUUCGUCGUUUGCAAUCGUCGUGUGCCUCUAGUGAUUUUUCUGGCGUUCCAUUGUGGCUGUGUUUUGGCUGCUGUGUAUAUACAUCUAUAUGUAUGAGUGCGUGUGCGUGCGUAUGUAGGUGUGGAUUGUGUGCGAAUAGUAGGUGCAACUGUAUGUAUGUGCAGUGGAGUGUAAAGUAAGAAACCGAAAGAUCACCGCUCUGAGCAGGCAACGAACAACCCCGUUGUGGCGCAGCGGUAAAAUCACAAAAACGAGCGAGAAAACAUCGUCCUGACCAUCUGACAUCAUCACGCAGAUUGGAAUAUCAACUAUCAUAUCCCGGAAACGUAUUUGACUAUUUGGUUUUACUCGUAUCUCCCAUACAAGACAAGAUGGUGAAGGAAAAACCAAACUCAAUACGAAUCUACGACAAGGACGGAUAUCGUCGCCGCGCGGCAUGCAUCUGCGUACGAUCGGAGGCAGAAGCCGAAGUGUUGUUGGUCACGUCAUCAAGAAGACCGGAAUUGUGGAUCGUUCCAGGUGGAGGCGUCGAACCGGAAGAGGAAGCUUCAUUAACCGCAACAAGGGAGGUUCUCGAAGAGGCAGGAGUAAUGGGUCAACUUGGUCGCUGCCUUGGCGUGUUUGAGAAUAGCGAACACAUGCACCGCACCGAAGUUUUCGUAAUGGUCGUUACCCAAGAGCUGGACGAAUGGGAAGAUUCGAAAACGAUCGGUCGAAAGCGACAGUGGUUCUCCAUCGAGGAGGCCCUCUCGCAGCUAGCGCUGCACAAACCGACUCAGCGCCAUUACCUACAGCAGUUGCGCCACUCGAAGCACCGGACAUAUUCUUCGUCCGAUCCACCGCCAAUUAUAUCCGAACAUGAUAACGAUGAUUUUACGAUCGAACCCGAAACGAACAAUUGCACGGCGUCGGAGGAUAUCGCCGAUGACAAGGAUACGACCGAAUCGACACCUACGACGCCUCCCGCCUGCAACACAAUGACAGACGAAGACGGUGAACCUGGGCAGGCUGCGAAUGAACCGGUCUCACCGCCACCGACCCCAACCACUUAAAUCUCUCCAUCAAAUUACUACGUUUAUCGAUAAUCUAGUACGCUACCGGAAGAGGAGGAUCUUCAUCAAACCACAGGACUAUGUAUAGUUUUUGGAUUUGUUUUCUUUUCUUUUCGUUUAUGUUAAUGUCAACAGAUUUAUGACACUUUUCGCGUAUUUGCAUCUUACAACUCGAAUACUUUCGGACACAUGUUCAGGAAGACGUUAAUGGAAAAUUGGAAGAUGUUUUGCUAAUUCGUUAUGUGCUUACAAUGAACGACUGCAUAACAGACUAAACGAAAUAGGAAUAACAUUUGCGGAAAGAGCCCAUCUAGCUAAGCCCCUGAAUCUAGUGUUCAUCGCUUAGCGCAGGGGUCUCUAAACUAUGGACCGCGGGCCGCUCGAGAGAGAUCCCGAGAUUGGCCCUCAGCUGUGGCUAUUCCACUCAAACCGGCCCACCAUCUAAAAUGUUUGGAGACCCCUGGCUUAGCGCAAUAGGAUUGAACUAACAUCGGUAAUUGCGCAAACCCUGACAAACAAAGCCAUUGGGAACUUUAUAAAAAAAAUCAUACCAAAUUUUACAGCUGUGCAUUGUUGCUUCGCCUUAAGAUUUUGGACACCACCGUUUCGAAGAAGAAAGUGUAACCGAUAAGAAUAAGUGCAGUAGUAGCGUACGGCUAUUAGCCACGUAGUUGGGAGGAUAGAAGAAGAAAACGAGAUUAUUUAGGGGGAAACGUGAAGGAGCCACCAGUAGUAGUGGGUUUAUCGUUUUGCUUACCUUUAUUUUUCAAGAACGCGAUUCAUGCCAAUCAUACCAUACCCGAUACUAAUUGUAGUGAAGAAAAUGUAGUUCAAGCGUUAUACUAUCGUUGAAGGAAUACGGCGCGCGAAAAAAAACCUCCCCGAGAACAUAUUUGCUAUUGUAACCGGAAAAGAAUGUUUAUUUUUAAUGCUGAGGUCGUCAACUUUUGCUAACAAUCUAGCUCUUUUGGUUCGUUCAAUAGUUCUGUGCUCAGCACAUGAUCAGCAAGCAAACGCUUAAUGUGGCGCAUAGAUGAUGGAAACAAUCGAAACCAAUUAUUGCGUCUUUAGCAUUCGCUCCGGACGAACAGGACCCAAGCUCGUACAGUACAACGCGCAAUCCCAUGCAUGAAAAUGUAGAAACAAAAGCUAGCAUGUCCGAUACAUUGAAGAAGAAUCUAACAAGAAAAAAGAGACACAGACAAACUAAAACAAAAAUGCAACAAACAAACAGUUAAACUAAUAUGAACUAAUGUAGCACGUGUCACACAGCAACUCCCGGGUGAGAAACCAUGUUUAAGUUUAAAAAUGCUAAAUGAAGGUCAUGUUACUAAAACGC